CGGGCGGGCGAGAACCCAGAGCUGCAGCCGCGAGCUGGAGUUCUGCACAGCUUCUCCCUCCUUGCCUGGCCAGCUGCGCGCCCAGCUGCCGCCGCCCUUGGCCAUAGCAGCUUGGAAGCAACCCUCCCGCAGUCAUGGAGAAAACGUCUACAGAUACACUUCCUCUUACUAUGAUUCCUCCAGAAGAGCAAGAGACUGUAUGUAUUUUUGGAACUGGAGAUUUUGGAAGAUCACUGGGACUUAAAAUGAUCCAGUGUGGUUAUUCGAUUGUCUUUGGAAGUCGAAACCCCAGGACAUUCAGCCUGCUGCCCAGUGGUGCAGAGGUCUUGAGCUAUUCAGAAGCGGCCCAGAAAUCUGACAUCAUAAUCAUAGCAAUCCACAGGGAUCAUUACGAUCUUCUCACAGCACUAACUGAGGUUCUCCGUGGGAAAAUAUUGGUCGAUGUCAGCAACAACCUCAAAAUGCAUCAGUACCCAGAAUCUAAUGCAGAGUACCUUGCUCAGCUGGUGCCAGGAGCCCACAUAGUGAAAGCAUUUAACACCAUCUCAGCCUGGGCUCUCCAGUCAGGAGCACUGGACGCAAGUCGGCAGGCAUUCAUCUGCGGAAAUGACAGCAAAGCCAAGCAAAGAGUGAUGGACAUAGUUCGCGCUCUUGGGCUGACUCCGUUGGAUCAAGGAUCUCUCUUGGCAGCCAAUGAAAUUGAAAACUACCCCCUGCAACUGUUUCCAAUGUGGAAGUUCCCCUUGUACUUCUCUGCUAUCCUGUGUGUCUUCUUGUUUGUCUACUGUGUUAUCAGAGACGUAAUCUACCCUUAUGUGAAUGAGAAGAAAGAUCACACAUUUCGCAUGGCUGUUUCCAUCCCAAAUCGUGUCUUUCCAAUAGCGGCCCUGACACUGCUCGGGGUGGUUUACCUCCCCGGUAUCAUUGCUGCCAUUCUGCAGCUGUACCGAGGUACGAAAUACCGGCGGUUCCCAGGCUGGCUUGACCACUGGAUGCUUUGCAGAAAGCAGCUUGGCUUGAUAGCACUGGGAUUUGCCUUCCUUCACGCCAUCUACACACUUGUGAUUCCUAUUCGUUACUAUGUACGAUGGAGGCUGGAAAACUCAACCAUCACCCGGGCAAUAUCCAAGAAAGAAAAUCCAUUUAGUACCACUAAUGCCUGGCUUAGUGAUUUAUAUCUGUCUUUCGGAAUCCUUGGAUUUUUCUUCUUCAUCCUCUUGGGGAUCACUUCCUUGCCAUCAGUUACCAACGUGGUCAACUGGAGAGAGUUCCGAUUUGUCCAGUCCAAACUGGGUUAUUUGACCCUGAUCUUGUGCACAGCUCACACCCUGAUAUAUGGCAGAAAGAGAUUCCUCAGUCCUUCCAGUCUCCGGUGGUAUCUUCCUUCAGCUUACAUACUAGCACUCAUCAUUCCUUGCACCGUGCUGGUGAUCAAGUUUAUCCUCAUCCUGCCAUGUGUAGACAAGCCCCUCACACGGAUCCGCCAGGGUUGGGAAAGGAACUCAAAAUGCUCUAAAUCAGCAGUGAAUGGACAAACAGAUAUUUAAAGCAACGUUCAAUGCACCCAGAGUUCUGAACUGUAUGUUUCGAGAUGAAUAAUGGGCUCAGUCAAGAAUGCAUUUUUCUCCCACCAUGGCCUGAAGUUUGUGAACAGCAAAGGAAAAGUUGCCUGACUUUAAGAAAUUGAGAGAUUGGAAGAGAACAACAUUUUACCUCUGGUUAGUGAUGAAUUGAUGUAGGUCCUGCCUCUCCUAGAGGCAGUCGGGCUGACAUCCAGAUUAGCUUUGUGGCUUCACACUCAGAAGCUUCUGGUGUGGACACCAUGCAGAACCUAAUUAACGUCUUGCAAACUCCAGAGGAAGUACAUGCACUUUCCUUCUCUGGUUCAAGGGCUGAGUGGAGUGAGAGAAGACAGUAAAACGGUGGUCACUGAUAAAGGCUUUCUUUGGUACAUCUGAAGAAGAGGACCAAAUGAAGUAAAAGGAAUGAGUUUGUGUUUUUUUUGUUUUUUGGACAUGAAGGUGAUUAUAAAUAUUGCCAUAGUGAAUUCUGUAGUUAAAUGUACUCUUUGAUUUUGCUUUUACCAAUGUGAUUGUGUACAGUGGGAAACUAUUUUGUAACACAACAAAAAUACCACAAUUGAUUGGAAGUAUGGGUCAGAUAUAUGCAAAUAUAUACAGUUGUCCAAAGAUCCCUCCUCUACAAGGAAUAGGUGUAAGAAAGAUUGAGUUAAAAUUGAAGGAUACCACUAGGAUUUUCUCCAUGUAUAAUGAGCAAGGAUGGGUUGAUAAAAACCCUUGCACAAAAAGUUUAAAUAAACCAGAAUUUUAGAUAGCAAGCUAAAUAAAUAUUGUAAAGUUGCACUAGAUUAGGUUUUGUUUUGUUUAAGUAUUGUGGUAUGCUUUGUAUAUAAUAUAUUCCAAAUAUUAUUCAUUACUAAUUAUCUAUGAAAUGAAUUUCUAAUAUAAAAAUGUAGCUUCUA